AUGCCGAGCGAGAAGAAGCAUGAAGUGCACAGCACACCCGGGUCCGAAGGAUACGAUGACAGCCUGCAGGAAAACAAGAGACAGAUUGGUCUCGUGUCGGCAACUUUCCUGAUCUUUAAUCGCAUGGUGGGCACGGGUAUCUUCGCAACACCCAGCAGUAUAUUGUCGUUGACCGGCAGUGUUGGUCUGGCUCUGUUCAUGUGGGUCGCAGGAAUGCUCAUUGCUGCGGCAGGCAUGGCAGUCUAUCUUGAAUUCGGCACAGCUAUCCCUCGUAAUGGCGGAGAGAAGAAUUAUCUCGAAUAUGUCUUCCGCAGGCCGAAAUUCAUUGCCACUGGUUUCUACACGGGAUACGUCCUCCUACUCGGCUGGGCUGCUUCCAAUUCGAUCGUGUUCGGCGAAUAUAUCCUCCACGCAGCCAACGUCGAGGUAGAUCGCUGGAAUCAGCGUGGUGUUGGCCUCGCCUGUAUCACGACCGCAUUUCUGAUCCACGGCCUGGCUUUGAAAUGGGGAUUGCGCCUUCAGAACCUUUUGGGCAUCAUCAAAUUGAUCAUCAUCUUGAUCAUUAUUGUCGCCGGCUGGGCUGCACUUGGAGGUGCGCUUAAGAUUGAGAAGCCGUCCAACUUCACCAACGCGUUCGAAGGCACCUCUGCCAGUGCGUAUGGAAUCGUGACAUCGCUCUACUACGUCAUCUGGUCAUACAUUGGUUACAGCAACGCCAACUACGCUCUUAGUGAGACGAAAAACCCAGUGCGAACGCUCAAGAUUGCUGCUCCUUUGGCGUUAGCAAGCGUAGCGAUCCUGUAUAUGUUCGUCAACAUUGCUUACUUCGCCGCCGUGCCAAAGGCAGAGAUACUUUCUUCCGGAAGAAUCUUGGCGGCUUCAUUCUUCCGCAACGUGUUUGGUGCACAAGCGGAGCGCGCACUAUCCGUCUUCGUCGCGCUCUCAGCUUUCGGCAACGUUUUGAGCGUCAUAUUCUCGCAAGGACGACUUGUGCAAGAGCUGGGACGAGAAGGCAUCCUGCCAUUCUCUCGAUUUUGGGCUAGCAACAAGCCUUUCAAUGCUCCCCUCGCGGGUCUAUUCGAACACUGGUUGGUGUCAGUCAUCAUCAUGCUUGCUCCGCCUCCAGGAGAUGCGUACAACUUUGUCCUCAACGUCAUCUCCUACCCACUCGCCAUCGUCAACACAUUCGUCGCAUUGGCGCUUAUAUACCUCUACCUGAAUCGGGAGGCCUGGAGCUGGACAUCGCCCGUUAGAGCUACUUUGCCAGUGGCGAUAUUCUUCUUUCUCAGCAAUGUCUUCCUCGUGGUCGCACCGUUUGUUCCACCCAGCAAUGGAGUGAGCAUCUACGAGUCACUGCCUUACUGGUUGCAUUGUAUUGUGGGCUGGGGUAUCAUUGCGGCGGGAGGAGUAUAUUGGCUCGUAUGGGCGAUGAUCUUGCCCAAACUUGGAAAGUACGAGUUGGUCCGGGAGGAACAUGUCGAUGAGUUGAAUGGUUGGCCUCGUUUCGAAUUCAUUCGAAGACGAUUGUGA